AAGCGAGUAUUUAAGACACAGUCAUCAAUUUCGCAUUCAGUUUGACUGAAAUUGUGGAGAAUGGCGCUUCGUUUGAUAUUCUUGUCCAUUUUGUGUGGGCAUCUUUUGUAUUCCGGGAAUUGUGCAGCACCUAUUCCAAGUAGCGCCAAUGUAGCGCCAUUUCUCACCUAUCUUUGUGACGAUGAUUUAUUGAAGAGCGCGGUCAACAAGGUAGAGCAUUUGAGCUUGAAAUUAGAGAAUUAUAAUCUGCGUAUGCAAAGUGAAUUAAUGGCAAUGAAGGAGCAGCUUCUUCGCGAAGUAAAAACGAAUCUCGAAUUGCUAGAUUCGAAAAUUACAACGAAGUGUAAUGAAGCCAACAAAAAUGUGGUUGCUGCGCCCCCUGCAACUAAGAAACCAUCUUCUUGUACCGAAGCGAUGCGUCAAGAAAACGGGAAAUAUGCGGAGAGUGGUGUUUAUGAACUUAAUUUGCCUGAAUUUCUUCGUCACCCUUUUAAUGUUUAUUGCCUACGUGAUCCCAACGGCGGUGAACCAUGGACCAUAAUUCAACGUCGACAAAGCAACGACACCGACUUCUACCGCGAGUGGGUUGAAUAUGAACGCGGUUUCGGCGAUUUGAAUGCCAAUUUCUUUCUCGGCUUGGAUAAAAUACAUGCGUUGACUCACUCGCGAUCUCAUGAGCUUUGGUUUCAAUUUGAGGAUUUUCAAAAUGAGAAACGUUUUGCUAAGUACCAGAGUUUCGCUAUAGGCAAUGCUCAGGAUAAGUAUGAGUUAAUUGCGCUUGGACAAUAUUCAGGCACGGCUGGUGACUCGUUCACUUAUCAUCACGGUUCAAAAUUCACCACUAAAGAUAGUGAUAAUGACAAAUAUAGUGGUAACUGUGCAGUAUAUUUUAAGGGGGCUUGGUGGUAUAAUGCUUGUAGUCACAGCAAUCUGAACGGUUUAUAUUCAGGAGAAGAAUAUCCAAAAAGUCAGAAAGGCGGAGGCGUAAUGUGGUCUUCCUGGCGUGGAGAAUCCUACUCCCUCAAAUAUGUACAUAUGGCUAUAAGACCAAAGUAUUAUCAGUGAGAUGGUGAUUUGAAUUGAAAACCUUAGCUUCCAUAAAGUGUUAAACAUUACUGACGUUAAAGCUAUUAAAACAAACAAAUUUAACUAAGCAUAAUGUCUUAUAAAACUUAACAUAUUCUAUUUAGCAACAAAUAA